UCCCGAGAGCAUUCUGCAGUCGGCUUCAAGCUGAGUUUCAAGGAACCCUGACUUUCAAUCGGCUUUCCCGCUGCUGGGCACAAUUUCCCGGUGUUUCAUGCGAACUGUCCUUUUGUCUAUUUGUGUCGCGCAUCCAUGCCGGAUGAUUUCGAUUUGUCUUCCUUUGGACGCCUUAUGGUCGAUCAUCUGCUUACAAACAUUUCGCUGCAUUCAUGAAUGGGGAGGUAUACACCGCUGCUCUGGAAAUCGACAAUCCUCACCGCAUGGGCCGGCAGGACGCCUUGCAACCUCGCCGAAUAAUACCAUCCACCGUCAGGCUUCCCACGGCCGCAUCUGAGCUACUGCAGGUCAAGGCGUGCCACUACCUAUAACGGUCUAGAUAGGAGGCUCGCAG